UAAUGAUCUGACUUCUGUGAUAAAGGUUUACUAUAGAUUUUAGGUUUGAUUCCUGAAAGGCAAAUAUUUGUUCUCGGAUCUUGGGUGUUCCAUGCGUGUUGUGUGAAUAGGAAUAAGUGUUGAUAUUGUUAAAUUCAUAAAAACAAAGUGUCUUUUAAGGAUAUUAUGAUCAAACAAAACCAGUUUCUGAGGACCUACUUACAAAACAACUAAGCCAUGAUGCCAAAACUGCGUCCCUCAGCCAUUCUGUUCGCAUUCAUAGCCCUGACCUCCGUCACCGCUCAGACGUUCCAAUACUCCCGCGGCUGGACCAACGGCAAGCGAGACGGACAUAGGCGGGUUGAUACAGAUCUGAGAGAGAUAGCUGGCAACCUGGAGAGGACUCUGACACCGUGCCAGUUGAAUAAGUUGAAAUAUGUGCUUGAAGGCAAGCCUUUGAGUGAGAGAAUAUUCUCACCAUGUGAAUAUACAGAAGAAGAAUCCGACUCUCAACCGAAACGACACUACAAGAGCGACCACAAUCAGGAGCCUCUGUUCGAGACAUUCCUAUGAAUACGGCCCCGCGGAACAUUCACAUAAAACCUUCCUAAUCCUCAACGAUACAAACUUCCACACUAUGAGUAAUGACGGCUGUAAUACGUUCUUACUAAUAAACAAAAUAUAAGCCCAGAAAAUAUGUUUAUGCUUAUCAUGUAAUUACGACGCGAAUUUAUAAAAAUAUAAAAAAGCCCCUCCGGUCAAUUUUUGGGAAAGUAUUUGUUAG